AUGGAUGGAAGCUCAGAAUCCAAACCAGAGACAACCCAGAGCUCUGAGCGAUGGAAACGCUGGGUUGAGGCCAGCGAGCAAACCUCGCGCCUCCUGCCACCAGAGCACCCGCUCUGGUGGUACCGCGCAGUCUCCUAUGAACCGAACGAACACGUACAGCGAACUGCUGCGCUGAUUCCGCAUCUGCUCAAGGAACCCAUCGACUGGAUCGAGCAAGACUUGGGCACUACCUCGCAAGCUGGCUCUGAUGCGCCCUGGUUGUCGAGUUGCGUCGCCGAGUGGCCGCGACACCUCGCCACGCUGCUGGCAAAAAGUCUCCCAGUAAACGGAGCAGCUGUUCUUGGGGCAGCUACUGCAACGCUUCGGCGCCUUGUCGAGAACCCGGAGGCUCCUCUCAGGCGCAUGCGACUGCUGUUACUGGUGAACUCGUUGCUGCGCUCACUUCGCACUAUUCUGGAGGCACUCACCUGCGAAGACUGGACUUUGCUGGGUGCCAGCCGGACCACAACUGCUGCAGAAGAGGUCCAGCAUCGCCCUGAACCGCUAGAGCAGCCUCGGCAGCAGGUUGCAGCGGAUGUUGCGCAGCUGCUGGACCGUGUUUUCGCUGCGGAUACAUUCGCAGACGCAAGUGGCAUCGCGCGCCUUCAGUCACAGCUUUUCAAACUCGCUGAACUCGUUGUGCUCUCCUUCACUUUUUCGCCAGUGGACUGGAGCUCACGCUCCUUCUCAGGGCGGGAUGCUGCACGACUUGCCGAUGUCAUCAGCCCGGUGAAGUGCCAGGAAUGGGUAGAGCAGGCGCUCUCGCGUCUGGCGGAGACGCCAGCUGGCGCCUCGUUCGUGCCGUUGCUGACGAGAGCCUCCUCGUUGGCGAGCAUCGCUCGUCGACGAGCAGAACUCGCAGUGCGUACGCUAGUGCCGCUGUAUGAUGUGGCGUUCAAGGAAUCGUUGCAUGUGAGAAGGAUUUCGCAGAAACAGUCCAUCGCACUGAACAUGCGAAUCCUCUUUCUCUGUCUCUUGCGCUGUCCGCAUAUGCUGCCGUUCAAGGAGGAACUGUAUGCUGCAUUGGAGCUAUUCGGCGCUGAGGAUCAGGCAGAAGCUGCUGCGAAUACUGCCGAGGAAUGUGAGCGGCAACUUGCGCUCCAGCAGGGCAGCGUUGCGCCCUGGAGCCGGGUUGUGCAAGACGGGCCGACGUGUCGCCAGCUGGAGGACAGUGAGCAGGUCGCUCGUCUCCUUGUCACGAGGAGCGCUGUCUCACCUGCAAGUUUGGAAGAGCUUGUGCUGGAGACGCUGCGGCAAAUGCCCACGAGCCGCCCGAUACAGGCUGCACCCGACGACGAGAGCAGUCGCAUGGAUCCGAGGCUCCGAGCGCAGGUUCUUGCAGCACAACAGAGUCAGCGUACGCAAGUGGAGAGCAUCCGUAAGCAUUUGAAAACGCUCCUUGCAGAAGAGGUGAAACGACGUCGUCCUGUAAUACGGGCUCAGGCGCCAGAAGUACGAGCGCUUCCGCUAACCGCGGAACAAUGGGAAACGCUGGGAGAGCAAGCGGUGCGGCGCCUCUUGCAGGCCGAGGACGCCAUGGAGCUCUGCGGGGCCAACGACCUGCGCCUCUCCUUGUUGGCACGCCUGCUCGCACAGGCAAGCUAUGGAGAAUCCUCGCUUAGCGAGGAAGUUGUCGACUUUAUCGUGCAAGACUUUUCCGGUCGAAUGGAGCUGGCGUUGCGAUGGCUCACGGCGCUGGUCGCAUGCGAUGCUGAGCUGCGGGGAGCACCUGAAGAGCCGCCCCGUGGGCUGAAACGCUCGCACAGCGAGAUACGCGCUGAUCUAGAUGCUUCUGCCUCAAAGCGGGAGCGACUCGCGGCGCCUUGGCAGCGUGACGCGGCUGCUGAACCCGGCACUGAGCGCGACGAUAGAAUACCGACUGCGGAGACGCUUGCUGCGGUGGAUGCCACCAAUGGCAACGCUGCAGGAGUGAAGCGCGAGCUGCCAGCUCACGACCAUUCAAGAGACACGGAUGACAAGUCUGCGCCUGCUGCGGACGCAUCCCGCGUACACCAGUCAGCGUCCGCGAAUUCCAAUCAAACAGGUGCAGCACCGAAGGAGGCACCGAAUACAGCAAUGCCUGAACAGCUGGACGUCGACCUGGAUGAGAGCAAAGCGAAGCGGCUAACCGUUGCAGCAUUGAGGGCGGAACUGGCAAGGCGCCAUCUGGAUGCCAAGGGCACCAAGAAAGUGCUCCUAGAGCGAUUGCUUCAUGCGCGUGCCGAAGAGCGCCAGCGUCUGAGUGCAGAGGUAGGCGAACGUGCCGCGUCUACAGAUGCUGCUGUCGAGACCUCGGACGCCAGCAGCAAUCAAGCGUCUACCGACACACCGCAAGACGCGGACAAGCCCGUCAAGCCGCAAGCGUCGCAGAUGGACCUGGCGUCAGCAUCGUCAGAGUCACCGUCAUCAACUCUCGCUGCUGCUGCUGCUGCUGCUGCUCAUACUGAUACUGCUCAACGCAUUCCUGACACCGCAUUACCCAUGUUGACACCAGCUGACCCCGCUUUACAUACAGCGGAGCUGGGCGUUAUACGCGCUCGCGUCGCCAAGGCGCUACGCGAGUCUGCGCUGCUCGACGAGGACAAAAGUGCUUCGCUCCUUGCCAUAGCCGAAUCGGAUACCGCAUUCCCCGAAGCACGCUACGAGCGUCUGCUGGAUACUCUACUUGAGCGUCUCACAUCUCAUGCCAAAGUUCCCGACUCACUCCUAGCCCGUUUCCUCGCUGAGUUACCUCGCGUGCCUCCAUGGGUGUAUGUGCUCUUGUCGCAGAUGGCAACGGAACCCCGUCGGGCUUUCUCUGCCCUGGCUGCGCUCAAGGAGCUCUGCACCCUACGUUACAGUGUCGAUCGCGAGCGUGCCCUGGACACAACGCUUGAACUCUGCUGUUCUGAUGAUGAACUGGUGCGGGGACCGGCCUCACGGCUCGUUGCGGACACGCUUUUUGCUGAGCAUGCGCUCCUAGCACCGUGGAUCGCGCACCGACUCCAGUUGUGGCUGAGCAAGGCCCUGGAACGUGCCCUGCUGAACGCUUCACCGUCACCAGCAGCUGAACGAUAUCGUUUGCGUUUGGAACGUCUCGCUGCGACGUAUCUCGCACUGGUCCGACACGACGUGACGCUACUCGAGUUUUACGUGAAUGAACUGUACGCACGAGCGAGCACCGAUGCGUCACUUGCCGCGAGCUUGCAGCGUCUCUGUGGCGAUCGAGCGCUCUUCCGUUGGUCGGCGACGAGCGAUCGUCUCGAAGCGCUUAUCCGAGAGGCACCGAUCCCGGAAACCAGUCCACUGAUUGUCCAGAUCGUGGAACUGGUCGCGGAAACGCUGUUCAACCAGACAGGCAAACUGCCGUCAUCGCUAGUCGAUGCGGUAUGGCAGCGGUAUCAGCGCGAAGGGCGCGUAUCGCUGCUGCUCUUGUUGCCGGUACUCAGGGCACUGUCCGCGGAGCAGGCUCGGCAAGUGCUCCCGUCACUCGUCCAACAGCUGGACGCUGAUCAACGACGACUUGCCUGGGAACGUCUGGUGCUGGUUGCCAGUGGACGUACCACGCCACCGCUGACACCGAGCGCGCUUGUCGAGGCCCUGCAUCGUCUCGACUCCAAGUCCGAGGCGAUUCCGCUGAAACUCCAGAUUGAGGCGGUGCAAACCUGCUUCGAGAUGGACACGAUAUUCACUGCGCAGUGCUGGGCAAGUGCCCUGCAGAGUAUGGUGCGUUCCCCGCACCCGCUGCCGGUGAUGCUCAUGCGAACGCUGCUUCAGGUGGUGGCGCGGUACCCCAAGACCCAACACCUCAUCCUGCAACUGCUCACAACGCUGGUCACUGAGCGUCGUAUCUGGGAAUAUCCAAAACUAUGGCCGGGUUUUAUUCGGGCAUGUGUGUUGCUGAUGCCACAGAGCGCGAGUCUCGUGGUGGCGCAUCUACCGAGCGCUGUUCUAGACCGAGCGCUGAGGGAGUCGGCGGAACUGCGCGAAGCACUUGCAGCGUUCGCGGAAGCGCAUGCUGAAAACGAGCAUCGCGGGUGA